UAGCGUCGUCAGUGUGUGCCGGUGUGUGGUGGUGUUCGGACGUCUCAUGGCUGGCCCAACUCUGCCUGCCUGACUCCACACACACACACAGCCGUCCGUUGUCUCUCCCCAUUCCUUCCUUACCUCAACUCUCUCCUGUUUUUUUUUACCUCGUUUUAUUACCUCAGGAGCCCGCUGGGUAUGGCUCCCUGGUGUGUAGAGAAGACAGGAAUCAAAGCAAACGCGACAGUAAACGGUGAUAUGGUUUAAAGUGAAUUAUAUUGUUGAUCGUGUUAAAAAAAAUGCAAGUGAACGCUCAAGACAUCUUUCCCUGAUCUGCCUCUUGACAAUCUGGAACAGUGAGGGUCAACACACGCACAGCAACUGAACGCCAUAACAGUGAUAGUGAGUUUAAUCAUAUACAGUGAGUGAAACAAUUCCUCGAGAGAGAAGAAGAAGAAGAAUGAGUUACCACGGGAAGGUCGAAUACGUCGUGAGGUGUUUACCCUGACGCACCAAACUAGACCAACACAGCUACAGAAGGCAAUUACCUUCCUCUCGCUCACCUAUAAAACAACAACAAUGUAUCCAUUCCAUUUCUCUAGUUAAUAUCAUAUACAAACAUUAACCCCCCCCAAAAAAAAAACAUUAUAAUCUGAUCAUAAUACGUGACAAGCGGAUUAUAUGACAUUCCAUUCUGUUUAAUAAUUCACAGACGGACAGCCAUAAGUAAUCAGUGAAUCGGUUUCUCUACUGAUACGCGCGUCGAAGAAUCAGUUCACUGUAAUUUGUUCCCAAGAGCCUCAGAGAUUCACCAAAGUACAAGGUUACAAAACAUUACAGUUGAAAAUUACUCUCCCCCCAAAAUAAAGAGUUUAUAUACUGUAUCUUGACAAAUACAGAAGGUUAACUCUUUCUCCUACUCUCUACCGCUCUCUCUCACUCCUCUCACUCUCUCUCUCUCUUUCUCUCUCUCAGCUGAGGAUUUCGUUGAUACGGUCUGAAUACUUGAGUGAGAGUGAAGCAGUGAGAGAGCCACAGCAAGUGAGAGGGAUUGAGAGGGAGUGAGAGGACCCAACACUCAUCAUGGCUCUCACUACCACUCAGUUCCUACCGGCCAGAUGACUCCACCUUCUCCCAGGAAUGUGUGUGGGUCGUGGUGAAGCAGAAACAACGACGACAACACCUGCUGGUAAACCCCUUCAGGUGGUGAUGGCGAACUCCUGGUGGAAGGCUGGAGGCGGGUACUUGGGCUCCCACACCUGCUGACCACCUAAGGUGCGGGCAGGGGGGGUUAUGACCGCCCCCCAACCGAGUCCACCUCCCCUGCACCGCAAAACUCCGCCCCCCCUGCUGCUGCUGCUGCUUCUCCUGCUGGUGUCCUGGUGCCCUCUACUUCCUCAUACUGGAGCUUGGGGCGCUUCUGCUGCUGCUGCUACCGUCGUAUCACCACCUGCUACCUCUCUCAUCAAGUCUUCCACCCCCAGCGUUGUGACCGUCACCACUGCCACCAUCCCCAAUACCCCCUCCCCCGCAACUACCUCUACCACACCCAGUACCCUAAUUACAGUUUUUGAUGUGUCCUGUGAGCCUUGUCUUCCUGCUGUGGACAUCACCUCCACCAGGGAGUCCAGGAGGCUGCGCCAUGAAGCCAACAUAGACGAAAAUCAAAACAACAGCGUGCACAAGAACCCCCAAGAGACGGAACUCUCGCAGGUUACGACGUCAUUGCCUGCAGUGUACUUUGACUACAGCACCCCGUUCUUUGGUAAUGAAACCUGGCUUGGGGCGGAGUUGGAGGUGAAGGUGUGGUCGAACACGGAAGUAGGGGUGACGGUGGUGAAGGCCAUCGUCAUGUGCACUAUCAUCGUGGUGUCCGUGUUGGGCAACGUGCUAGUGAUCGUCAGCGUGGCGCUGCACCGCCGCCUUCAUUCCACUGCCAACUACCUCUUAGUAUCACUGGCCACGGCCGAUAUGCUUGUAGCGCUUUGCGCCAUGACAUUCAACGCCUCCGUCGAGCUGUCAGGGGGCCGAUGGAUGUUUGGUCGUGUCAUGUGCGAUUUGUGGAACAGCUUCGAUGUGUACUUUUCAACAGUGUCAAUCCUGCACCUGUGUUGCAUCAGUGUGGAUCGCUACUACGCGAUCGUGCGGCCGCUGGAGUACCCUCUUACCAUUACACGUCGCAUCCUGGCCGUGAUGUUGGCCCACUGCUGGCUGGCACCCACCCUCAUAUCCUUCCUGCCAAUCCUCCUGGGAUGGUACACCACCGCCGACCACCUUCGUAGCCGAGACACACAGCCCUACGUCUGCGCCUUCGUCGUGAACGCAGUCUUCGCUCUAGUAUCUUCAGCCGUGUCUUUCUGGGUGCCGUGUACCGUCAUGGUAGUUAUGUACUUUCGCAUAUUUCAGGAGGCGCGGAAACAGGAGCGAAUGUUACUCUCUCGGGCUUCCUCAGCCAAUUCCGCCUCUUACUCCUCCUCCGUCAGGCUGAGCACUGCGCCUCACCAGCAGCGAGACCCGGCAGCAGCAGCUGUGGCACGUCAGCAGCUGUUAGCGGCGUUACAGUCGACGCCUUUCACUCCAGCGCCCCGCCACCAGGAGUUCCUGAUGAAGACCUUCACUGACACGUCGUCGACAGCGUCUGUGGCCACAGCGUCCUCGGGCGUACCGUCCGUGGGCCCUUCCGGUAGCAGCAGCUCCCGUAGCAGUAGCGGCGGUGGUGUUGUAGCAGCCAACAGUGUGGUGGCGGGAAACGGCGCGGGAACCAGCAGUGUGGUUAAGUCCAGUGGCACUAAUGGCAGUAACAGUGGCAGUAUUGGGUGGCGGAACUCCCGACAUGGCAGCACGGCCUCGUGGCAUGGACCAUCACGGCAUAAUUCACAUGUGCCCUGCAAUCGUCGUAUGCACAGCACGCCGCUGGUGACAAACAAGGCUGGGCAACUGCCGGUGAUGGGACGACGGGAACACAAGGCAGCCCGCACACUGGGACUCAUCAUGGGAGCAUUCGUGUUGUGCUGGCUACCUUUCUUCACUUGGUACGUCAGCAUCAAUGUGUGUGGACCUUCCUGCCGCUGCCCCCAUGCCGUCGUCACCGCCCUCUUCUGGAUCGGCUACUUCAACUCCACACUCAAUCCCUUCAUCUAUGCCUAUUUCCGCACUGAUUUCCGCGAUGCUUUCCACAGAACACUCAAGCGGAUGAGUUGUUGUCGUCCUCGUCAACCAGCUGGCGUGUUCGUCUGAUCGUUCUCGCCCUUGACUUAUUCCUCCUCCUAGACCAACUUAGCGACGGUGCUAGCCUAGAACAAGGAUAUUGCAUGUCACUUCUAGACUGUUUAUGAACUGGAAAUUACACUGAUACUGUUUAAUAUUAUCAGUUAUCCCAGCCACGAUAGGUGUCCGUGUACAAUAUAAUCUAGUCAAAACCGCAUUCAUACCCAAUGGUCCAAAUAUCCCAAUUUCGAUACAGGUGCAACAAGUAGAGCUGCUCCAUAGAUACACCAGCAUAGAUAGGUAUAGUGCCAAUGACCGGCUCCUCAAAGAUUCAAGUGUUACAUUUACCCCCGCCCCCACCGAGAAGAGAACGUGUUUAGUUAUGGCAUAUCUUCCGCAGUUUCAACACCAUUCUUACCCUGGUAUCAGUGAGUUAUGUAUGCGCGUUCUUGCAUAUACACUUUGGAGCGUAAAUUUAACUAAAGAACCUUUGAGAAUCUCGGCCCAAAUUUCAGUAUAAGAUGUUCCAUUGGAACUUUAGAAGGGCUGGUGAGUGGCAGUGUCUUAAACGCCGCUAAAAAUGUACAUAACUUCCAGAAGAAACCUCUUCUACGCCAAGUUUUGCACAAUGGAAACUGAUCUUUUACCUUUAAGGUUUAUGAUUGCUUACAAAAGUACACUUAACGGAAAAUGUGAAUCGAGCUUUGAGUUAGAAAUUUUAAUUCAACCAACAGGUACACAGAACCUGUCGAAGUGACCCAAAACAACAAACUUGGAUUAUUGAAUGUGACGGCCGUGUUCAGGGGGAGCAGUGGUGGUAGUUUCUGUUCUCUCGAGCGGAUUGUUAUUUUACUGUGAAACUGGACACCUCAGCCUUAAGCUCGGUCAAUAGAAGAGCCAAGCCAGCUCAUUAAGGAGCAAAAAGCACAACAACACAUCUGAGCUAAGGAUGUUAUUCUUUCGAGGUUGAGUGAUUAGGCUACGGGUACCCAAUUCUUCCUUGGACAACAGUGGAAACUCUUAAACCCACACCAGAAAAAAAUCAUAUUAGGCUCCAAGAAAGUAUUUCUGAGCCGGAAACUUCCGGCAAAAGCCAGGCUAUUGGUAGAUCAGAUAAAACAGUGAACAAGAAUUGGUCAUAAGUUGUAUCAGCGUGGACUGUUAAGCGCCAGUCAGGAUUUGGUAUUAACAGAGCUGACGCAGGUGACGUAACGCAUGCAUGAAAAAGAAGGUUCAGAGGAAAGCCAACGUAAGAUAAUUUUGUAUAGAAGUAAUGCAUUGGUCAAGGUAUGUGCGUCUUGUCUUGUUAUUUACAUCUUCAUAGAUCCAUUCUAAUUUGUCUAUCAUAUUAUGACUAAAGUUCUGCGAUAAAUACUUUUAUAGAAGAACGUUUUGAUAACAAUGACAACAAGAAUUAAAUACCACGAGCUGUCUCAGCACAAUUAAAGCGUCGGGGUGAAAAGUCAAGCUGCUGUCACCGCAGUCAUCACAGCUCUUAUCAAUUUCUUAUGAACUUAGUGUCGCAAAAUAAUUGAGAAAUCAAUAAGUUUUUCUCAAUUUUUAUCACUUACAUGUCUCUGGAAUGUACCGCCAAAGAUUUUUGUUUUAUAAUUUUUUGGAAUAAAGAAGUGAUUUAGUAGUUCUACGCUGGCGGCGUAGCCUAAUGUGACAAGAGAGCAAGUUGGUAUAUGCUCAACAAUGUGUGGUCAGGGAACCUGUGUAAAUAUACAAAAAAAAUAAUAUGUUAUAUCUAAUCACUGUAAAUAAUGAAUGAAGAAUAUAUAUAUAUAUAUAUAUAUAUAUAUAUAUAUAUAUAUAUAUAUAUAUAUAUAUAUAUAUAUAUAUAUAUAUA